GGGUGAAUAGGAACAGUGGGGUGGAAAGGAACAAAACUUCAUGUAAAUAUAAAAAAAAUCAUGUGAAGCAUAAUUGCAGUGCAAUGUCUUUGAGUUAAUUUUUUGUCAGUUUGCUAACAUGAUACUAAGAUGAGAAAUUAUAUUUUACACUGUUGGUACCACUGAGUAACAAAUAACACAGCUGUAAAUUUUGUGCUCUAGAUUCUAUGAAAUAUUUAUUCCCCAAAACUUCAUCUAUUAUGACGUGUGCCUAAACAAUGCCACGAAAAUAUCAACCAGUUACUGAGCGUAAGCAUGCAGAUUGCCCACCACAUAUUCUCAAGUUGGCUGUUACGCACAUUCAAAAUGGUCUUUCUUAUAGAAAGUGCUCACAAAAAUACAACAUUCCAACGACAGUGUUGCACAGACACGUUAAGAAAGGAGAUAAAAUAAAAAAAAAGGUGGACAGACAGUUUUAAGUGAGGAGGAAGAGAAAAUAUUGGUUGAUCGUCUCCAAGUGUGUGCUGAAUGGGGAUAUCCCCUAGAUUCGCUUACCUUGCGAUUAAUUGUAAAAGAUUUUCUUGAGCGACAGGGAAAGAAUGUGCCCAGAUUCAAAGACAAUACACCUGGUCGCGAUUUUGUUUAUUCAUUUUUAGAGCGUCAUAAAGAAGCUCUGUCAGCUCGGAUGUGCCAGAAUAUUAAAAGGGCCAGGGCAGCAGUGUCACAUGAUGUCAUAUCUAAAUACUUUGAUGAACUGGAGAAAGAGUUGAUGAAUGUUCCCCCUUCUCAUAUCAUCAAUUUCGAUGAAACCAAUUUGAGUGAUGAUCCUGGAAAGCGUAAAUUAAUUUUCAGGCGGGGUUGUAAAUACCCUGAACGUGUAUUGAACUCUUCCAAAGCUUCCAUUUCAGUCAUGUUCGCGGCAAGUGGAGAUGGGAAAAUCUUGCCUCCCUAUGUCGUGUACAGAGCACAACAUUUGUACGACAGUUGGAGGGUAGGUGGACCACAAAACUCAAGAUACAACCGUACCAAAUCUGGUUGGUUCGAUAGUUUUUGUUUCAGUGAUUGGGUGGAGACAAUCGCCAUACCCUAUUUGAAGAAACUUGAUGGGACAAAAUACUUGAUUGGGGACAAUUUAGCUUCUCAUCUGUCAGUUGACAUCAUACAGCUCUGCAACAUUAACAACAUCAAAUUCAUAUUUUUACCCACAAACUCUACACACCUCACACAACCUCUCGAUGUUGCGUUCUUCAGACCCAUGAAGAAUUCAUGGCGUCAAAUCUUGGAAGAAUGGAAGAAGGGACCAGGCCGAAAUGAGGCAUCUGUACCCAAAGACAAAUUUCCUGGCUUGUUAAAGAAGUUGGUUAGCACACUUAAAGAAGAUAAUGUACGAUCUGGUUUCAGAAAGUGUGGCAUUGUGCCUUUAUGUCGGAACAAAGUCCUUCAGAUGUUACCAAGCAUUGACAGCAGCGCCCAGAGCGAAACUCAAUCAACUCAACAGUCCCCAGCAGUGCAAGCCAUAGACAGUACUUUUAAAGAGCUGUUGAAGAGCUUACGGCAGUCUGACUCUCCCAAAACCCGACAGAAGAGAAGAGUUACGGUUAUUCCUGGCAAAAGUAUGGAGGUGAAAGACUUUGAAGAAUCUGCAGUUGUGUCUGAACCAGGACCCUCAGGACUAGAAACAAAUGGUAGAAAGCUUGCUGGAGGGGCCCCCACAAAGAAGACCAAAAUUCCAGUAAUCACAGAAUCAUCAUCAUCUGAUGACUCAGAUUAUUGUGUACAAGAAAGUGAUGAGUACACAUUGCAAACAAAUUCUGAAGAGGAACCACGUUUGGGAACUCAUGUUAGUCAUGUCACACCGGUAUCGACAAGUGUUCAUCAUCCAGGAGACUAUUUGGUGGUUAAAGUGUACGGGAAAUCAAAGAAUGUCUUCAGACUCUAUGUCUGCAAAGUAAUGCAUCCAGAAGAUGAUGGUUACGUAGGAGUCUUUUACAAAAGGAACCCUCAAACAUGUAGAUUUUUCCCAACAGAUGAAGAGGCAUUUUUCAGUUCCGAAGACAUUGUCACAAAAUUACAACUUAGUGACACAGAAAAGGCAUCUUCCAGAUUCAAAAAUAUGAUUAGUUUUAAAAAUGAUCUCAGUGAUCUUUUUCUGUAUUAGAUACAGUUAGCUUACUGUUCUUCAAAUAAGAAUUCUCUCUUUAUGUGGAGAGAACUGGUAGGUACCAAUGUGCAUUUCUGAAGUUGUAUGAUUUACUCAGUAGAAAAUGUAUUUCUUUCUAAGUAUUAACAAUAUUUUUCGUAACACUUAUGAUAAUGUAAAAUGAAAAGGGUAUAUUUUGUGUAUUUAUAAGUUGAAAUUUCAUAAAAAUUUGUAUUUUCGUAUUAAAAUGUUUUAUAUUCAAUUAA